AUGGAGAAAUGCUACAAAUCAAAGAACUUUUCCUCCUUUGAAAUAUACGAUCGAUCCUUAUCCAUAAAGUGCGGCCAGGAAAGGAUCGACUCUCGUUUGAUGCGAUGUUUGGAUGUUAGAAAUGUACGAGAGUUAUUUUUUAGAGAUUGUUAUCUGUCUGGGAUUGACUUUGGAAUCUUCACUUUCGGAUAUGAAAUCGAACGAGUCCAGAUAUUUUGCGAAAGACGCAAGCAGGAAAGAAUGUUCGAGAGCGCCUCGUUUAAUAACAUGUCCUCUCUGCGAUCUGUCGUAAUACGAUACAUCAGAACGUCGGAAAUUCUAAACUUAACAUUUCGCAAUGUUCCAUCGCUGACUUUAUUGAGAAUUGACGGCUAUAACUUCACUUUAUUUCCGAAAGAACCUUUCCGAGAGUUAAUUAAUCUUUCCGAAUUAUACAUCACGCAAGGAAAGUUAAGACUUUUACCCGAAGAUCUAUUUUAUAAUCUUCACAGUUUGACAAAACUUGAUUUAGGCCUACGUGGCAAUAAACUUGAAUCGAUUCAUCCACUCGUCUUUAGAAACCUCACUCGAUUGGAAUUUUUAUAUUUAGGUUUCAAUCGGAUAAAGGAUUUACCCAGUGACAUGUUAAAAGGUCUUUUUAAUUUAACGUUUUUUUCUAUUGAGGGAAACCGUGAAUUAUCAGUAAUUCCUUCCGGAUUCUUUAAAAAACUGCACAAUUUGACUAUAUUUUUUGCAUCGAGUUGUUCGAUUUCUUCACUCGCAGAAGACGUAUUUUCUGACUUAAUUAAUUUGAAAAUCGUCGAUUUAGAUUCCAACCAAAUUGAACAUCUCCCUCCAAAUCUUCUGAGAAAUAACAAACGACUGACACAGUUUUCUUGUUCGAGCAAUAAAAUAUCGACACUUCCUACAGAAAUAUUUCACGGACUUUCUGAACUUCGAUGGUUAUCGUUGCGGGGAAAUCUGUUAGAAAAUCUUCCCGAAGAUGUUUUUUCUGAAUUUAUCGUCAUUGCAAGAACUCAGUUUAUCAAGAAAUCGCCUAACAGUUUUACCCGAAAAUAUCUUCUUCCCUUUGACUAA